AUGUUCUACGGCACGGCGACUGAUACGCAGGGCAUCCCGACUCCCCCCCCCCGCCCACUGCAGAGGCUAGACUUUGUACGCGACGGUUUGAGCGAGGAGGACAGCGAAUGCGGACGGGCGGCGGCGACGGGCGACGGUGGUGGCAGCAGCGGGAGCAGCGCAGCAAAGACAAACGGCAAGGGCUUUAUGACGGUGCGCAAUCACGCGCAAAAGGCGGCGCGAUUUUUCACCGCCUACGGCGGCAGAGAAACGCCAUGCGGUCGAAAGAGGACGCGACGAACGCCCUUCAACUUUCGAUGGCCCGCCCGACGGACGGGACGAUGGGACCACGGACCAAAUUUGAGUAGUCGCCUGUCGAGACUUAGCGGGUUCAGUUCCUGA